AUGUGCGCCGAGAAGGUUCCGCUUCGUCAUGGACUGAAGACGCCAAUAUAUGGCACGCUCGUGCAAAAGAACACGAAAAUGCACGUGCUCAUGCAGAUAGCCAGAACGCCACCCUUACACAGACUCGAACCCAAGCGAAACCGUUGCGAGACCUUCAGAAUCGAGUCGGCGAGCUGGAGACCUACGUGA